AUGGAAACAGAGCUUGAGGUAGUAAUGGAAGAAUCACGUCCGGUACCACCUUUCAGGUGCAACCAGAUUGAAACAAGCAAGUUGGCAAAAGAAUGGAGAUCCUGGAAAGAAUCGCUGGAAUGCUAUUUCGCAGCGUAUGGUAUUACGGACCAGCAAAUGAUGAGGGUUAAGUUACUGCAUCUAGGCGGACCAGCGUUACAAACCGUUUUCAAGAAUUUGAAGGAUCGUGACCAGAUGCCGAUAGUCUUGCUCGUUCCGAAAUGGUACGAUGUAGCAGUCGAAAAGCUCGACGAGUUUUUUGAGCCUCGUCACCAAACGACGUCGGAGUGCCGCAAGCUACGACAGCUAAGACAAAAAUCCGGUGAGAGAUUUGCCGAUUUCAUCAUUCGGUUGAAGCAGCAAGUUUCUGAAUGCGGUUUCGAACGAUAUGGAAGGGAGAUUGAAGCGAUUUUGACGGAGAUCUACUUAACAGAUGCUGUGGUGGAGGGAUGCAGUUCGAACGAAGUAAGACGAAGAAUUUUGCUUAAGGAUCUACUUUUCGCCUAUAUUGAAGCUCUCGGAAUCUCGUUGGAAGGCGUGGAUCAACAAAUCGAAGAAAUGAAUACGAACGAGCCCCCUCAGAAGAUUUGUCGAGUGGGUCAGACAAAACAAGAACGAUUUACGAGGUCUAAAGCUUCGUCGGUGAAAUUCAAGCCAAUGCGGGAUAAUGCGUGCUACAACUGUGGUCGUGUAGGUCAUGUGGCCGCGUCGCAAGCGUGCCCAGCUCGUAGCAAACAGUGUAUAAAUUGUCAGAUUUAUGGACACUUUGAACGACUGUGCCGCAAACAGAAGCAACGACCACUUCCGGAUCAAGGUGGCAAGCAGAUUCGAACGAGUUACCUCUAUGGUAGUAAUGUCAAGGAGGAGAUUGGACAGGACAAAGUAUACUAUGCUUUCUACUCGGGCAACGAAAGCAACGUUGUGACGUGCGACAUCGGUGGCGUUGAAUUGGAAAUGCUGGUAGACUCCAGUGCUGACGCCAAUCUUAUCAGCAAAGCGUCUUGGUCCAAACUGAAGGAUAAACGGGUAUUGUUGCAGUCAUCUACGGAAGGAAGUACCAGGAUCCUAAAGGCUUAUGGAAGUAAUGAUCCGUUGAAAAUUUUGGGUUCUUUUGUUGCUGACAUAGAGGUGGGAAAAAGCCGAACUCAGGCGGAAUUUCUGGUGGUCGAAGGUGGCCAGCGUUGUCUGCUAGGCGACACUACUGCCAAACAACUGGGCAUUCUGAAAGUUGGGUUGAAUAUCAACAAAGUCAACGAUUUGUCAUCACCGUUUUCGACGAUCAAGGGCGUAGAAGCAUUCAUUCACGUUGACCCCAACUUUGCACCUGUUUUUCAACCCAUGCGCCGACUGCCUUUGCCUCUGGAAGCAGCUGUCAACAAAAAGUUGGACGAGUUACUUCAGCGUGACAUUAUUGAGCCGAAAACAGGGCCGACAAGCUGGGUAUCGCCGCUAGUUGUGGUAGGGAAGACAAACGGUGAAGUACGAUUAUGCCUUGACCUUCGUCGUGUAAACGAAGCGGUCUUAAGAGAGCAUCAUCCUAUGCCGGUGGUGGAUGACCACAUUGCGCGACUUGGUAGAGGUACGGUCUGGAGCAAGCUUGACAUCAAAGAGGCCUUCUUGCAAAUCAAACUCGAAGAUGAAUCCAAAGAUGUUACCACCUUCAUCACAGGACGAGGAUUGUUCCGGUUCAAACGGUUGCCAUUUGGGUUGGUGACGGCUCCGGAGCUCUUCCAAAAAGCGAUGGAUGAGAUUUUGUCAGGAUGCGAGGGAGUAGCUUGGUACCUCAACGACGUCAUCAUCGAAGGCAAAGAUAUGGAGGAACAUGAUGUUCGCCUAAAUGAGGUGUUGUCCCAUUUCAAAAGUCGCAAUGUCGCCCUCAAUUGGGAAAAAUGUCAGUUUAGAGUCACCGAGUUAGAGUAUCUUGGACACAGAAUCAGCGAUAAAGGGAUCAGGCCAUCGGAUUCGAAGAUACGAGCUUUGCUAUCAUUCCGGGAGCCUAAAAAUGAACAGGAGCUCUGCAGUUUCCUUGGGUUGGCGAACUACAUGAACAAGUUCAUACCUAAUUUGGCAACCACAGAUCAACCGCUACUGAAGUUGUUAGCAAAGGACGUCAAAUUUGAAUGGUCAAAGGAACAGGAUGACUCUUUUAAUGAGAUAAAAGCGGUUUUAAGCAAUGCUCAAAAUUUGGGAUUCUAUAGAUUAGAAGACGUAACUGCCGUUAUUGCGGAUGCAAGUCCGCAUGGGCUUGGGGCACUGCUGGUUCAGUUCAACAAGGAUAACGAACAUCGUGUGGUCAGUUUUGCCUCCAAAUCGCUGACCGAAACGGAGCCGCUCACGUGGAAUGAUAUCAAAGAAGCUUCACAAUCAGACUCUGAAAUCAAGAACAUAUUAGAACAGCUGUUCAACGGUACGCAAGAUAACCUGCCAAUUGAAUAUCGGGUGCUGACAAAUGAGCUGUGUCAGUUUGAAGAUGUUUUGCUUAGAGGAGAUCGUAUUGUAGUGCCAAAAUCCCUUAGGAAUAGGGUUUUGUCUUCUGCUCAUGAUGGUCACCCUGGAAUAUCGAUGAUGAAGAACCAUCUCCAGAACAACAUGUGA